CCUUUAAAGCCAGCAUUACUUUCUCUUGCAUUUUAACAGUCAAUUGAUACUCUGUAUCACAUACACAUUGCUGUUGUCUGUAUACCGAGUUAGAGAAAGAGAAAGAGAGAGAGAGAAAGAGAGGCAGCAAGAGACAUCUAGUGGUACUGGCAGGUUGCAAACCAGACUCAGCAACAGGAGAUGAGACAGGCAGUGGGAGUUAUCACUGGAUACAGUGUAGCACUACUGCAUUCUUUUACUGUAACAAAAAAACUUGCUGAUCAUUUAGGAAUAACAGAAUGAGGGAAACUUUCAACAAAACGGCUAUCAGAGCACAUAAGACAGGAGGAGGAAACAAGGAUGGUCAUGUGCUUCAUUUUUAUCAGUUUUCAGAACAAUACCCAUAGUUACAGAGCAUUCUGAAUGCCCACUUCGAAUCAACAUACUGAAGGACAUAAGGACAUGGAAAUACAGAGAUGCUGAAAGAGGGACAAGUUAGAAUAUCUGGCACACUCUCGGUGACAAACAGAACUCCUACUGAGACCAGCAGUUAUGGGCCAGACACAGUCUUCUCAAAACUGUAUCAUCUAGGAAUAUUUUGAAAAUUCCACCCGUUCUGUUUCUUAUUUCAUCCAUUUUCUUCACUGGAAUCUUUAACCUGUCUACAGCAAGUGCAUAUUGUAAUACUUUCUUUAACAGACGAAAUGUGACUGUUAUUUUACUUGGCUGAAAACACAGAGUGCUAAUAAAAUGACAUACAGAUGAAAAAUCCUCUGAGAAUAUUUCAUCAAGUUUUGUUAUGUUCUUUAACAUAGAGUGGUACAUGAAAAGCUGUAGCUUGGUUUAAUGGUGAAAGUUAAUCUCUAAAGAACAAUCCACAAGCAAGUUCCUGUUACCCAAAUUGCACAUACUUUAAAUGAACUCUCCCAUCUCUUUACUCCAUUUUAAUCAAAGCCUUGAACUUAACUGUACAAUUUCUAUUUAACAGAUAUGAAAAUUAGGGCAUCCCUAGCAAAACAGCGUAAUAAUGGUAAACUGAGCCAUGAUGUACAUGCAGGUUCCAGCCAUACACAGCCUAAUGCACUGAAUAAGAAACUGAAUUACUUGUAGUAAUGCAAUGUCUACUAAAAAAUGUGUCAUAAUAUUUGAGUGCAUCUAAAAUAGCUGAUGCGCCUUUUCAGAAGUUCAGAGAGUGGGGAAAUUGAGCUUUCCAACAAGCACAUCAGUUUCUCUAAUGUUAAAUGAUGGCUACGUAUAUUUGAAGAAUAGACAUGAAUAAAUUAUAAAACAACUGCCUUAAAAUAAGUCAGGAGGCCAUUAGAUAUGGAUGAACACUGUGUUAACUUUUCAAGCUAUGGUGGUACAGCCAGUGAUGACAAAGGCCCUCCACGGAACCAGACCUGUGACUAUAACUACAUGAACUUUCCAGGGGAGGAAGGAGGGAUUGAAACUGGGGACCAUGCUCUUUUUACAGCCAGGGUGUUCAUUGGAGUCACUCUAGUUUGUGUCAUGAUUGUAUGUGGAAUUGGCAACUUCCUGUUCAUCAUAACCUUGGCCCGUUUCAAGAAACUCAGAAAUGUCACCAACUUACUAAUAACAAAUUUAGCAAUCUCUGAUUUGAUUGUGGCUGUUGUAUGUUGUCCCUUUGAAAUAGAUUAUUAUGUCAUUAGAGAACAGUACUGGAAUUUUGGACGUGUGCUCUGCUCUUCAAUCAACUACCUGAGGAUGGUUUCCCUAUAUGUUUCAACCAAUGCCCUACUGGCCAUUGCGGUGGAUAGGUACAUGGUUAUUGUCUACCCCUUGAAACCUCGCAUGAACUACCGGACUGCUUGUGGAAUCCUCAUUAUGAUGUGGGUGAUAUCACUUCUCAUUGCUGGACCUUCUGCGUACUUUACCUCAGAAAUCAUCCUUGGAGAUGUUCUUGAUCCCAGCAGUAAAAUCUUCUGUGGGCAGAUAUGGCCAGCAGAUAAAGAGGUUUUCUACAAGUCAUACUUUUUGUUUCUGUUUGCAGCUGAGUUUGUUGCACCUGUUGUGACAAUGUCCAUGUGUUAUAUACGCAUUUGCCAUGAGCUCUGGUUCAAAGAUUUGCCUGGUGUCCAAACAGAGCAACUGAAAAGUCGACUUCAUGCAAGAAGAAAGACAGUUUUAGUCCUUAUUUGGAUAUUGUCAGCCUAUAUUCUUUGCUGGGCCCCAUAUUACAGCUAUGCUAUUGUACGGGACUUCUUCCCCAACAUCCUUCUCAGGGAAAAACAUUCUCUUUCUGUCUAUUAUAUUGUGGAGUGCAUUGCAAUCAGCAAUAGCAUGAUAAACACAUUGUUUUUUGUGACAGUAAAGAAUAACACAGGAAAAUAUGUGAAAAAAUUUCUAGUCAAACGGUGGAAAUAUUCCUACAGUACAGAAAAAAAUAUUACAGAACAGGAAUGCCGAUCAUCAUUGCCGCCAGUUUCAUUAUAAGCUGUGGGGGAAGACAGUACUGACUCUAAAGUGAUCUGCAAUGCAAUCUGAAUGAGGUGGUCUUAUGGUUAUCUUCAUUUUAUUUCAUGUUUUAAAUCCUAAAGAUUUUCAGCAUCUGUCAUCAGCAUAUGUACCAAAAUGUUUCAAACAGAAACCUGAUUCUGUAGACUGACACAGUAAGAAUAUGGCCAAAAUAGCCACUAGUCAUCAAAGAACUGUACAAAGAGGGCAGAUAUGGAUUGUAGCACAGAUACUACAUUCUAUUUUGUGCCUUUACACGUAAUCUUUAAAGUCAUCUUGUUUAUUCAGUUAAAAUAUGAAGAGAUAAGCAGAAGUCAGUAUAAAUCAUGCCUUUGCACAUGCAAACAAAGAAGGAAAAUAUGGUGUCUAAAGUAAGAGCGUACACAUUCACAGAAACAAUGGCACAGAAGAUAAAAGUGAGAAUGCAGGCAAUGCUGUAGAUGUAUUAUAUUACUCUGUGUUGCUUAUUAUUUAUUCUGGUUGCUAUGUUUUAUAUCUCUAAUCCUUCUUAAGUUAUUUCAGAUAUUUCAAUCUGUCAGUUUGAGUCAGACCUCACCAAUGCAUCGGUUUUAGUUGAUUUUUAGAAGCUUUCUUUCUGAUGUUAUCUCUCCUCUGCUACCUUACAAAUAGUUAUGAUGUGCCUUUUGGAUGCCCAUGAGAGGAUAAAGAGUCAAUCAUGCGAGUA